AAUAUCAAGGCAUAAAAGACGAGAGGUUGCCGGGAAAGACAAACAAGACUCUCUACAGGACACUACUAAAUCGUCAGUUUCCGAGUCCCUAUUUUCCGGCCAAGACAUGGCUUAUCGUCUUGCUAUCGAAGUAUUCGGUCCUGGCGAUGACCCGAAUUACAGAUCCCACUGGGCGUUCCUGAUAUAUCGGCCGGGGGACGAUUUCGGGGACCUCCUCCACGUCCAGGUAAUCGACCUGAAAAGGCUCUGGUACGAACCAGACUAUCGCGAAGGCACGAAUAUUGUUACCCCGAUGGUCAGCUACCAGGCCGCCGGGAUGUGCAAGGUCACAGAUUUGGAUGGACAACAGCGUCGCAAGGCGAUUGAGGUGAUCAGGGCGGAGCCAGCACCCAGAGACGGCAAACGGAGAUGUCAAGAUUGGGUGUUUGACACCUUGAUUUCGCUGGAAGUGGAAGAGCUUGUGGAAUCCGGAACAGCAGAGACAUGGAAGGGGAGGAUUGGAAUGCCGGCAAGUGAUCUCGCAAGGGCCUGCGGAGCAGAUUGGACUAGCUUCAAGGAUGCGGAUUAUGGACAAAGACGUUUGAAGCGGUAGACUGCCGUGACAUGCCUCUAAUCGACCAGUUCCCGGCAUCCUAGAACGACAUCACCCACCGAGCGUAUCAUCCAACAAGAUAAGUGGUCACUAAACCAGGCACCGGGUCGGCCUUACCGGGGUAAACUAUUCCAUUCCAUAAAACCACCGAGUACAUCACGGAUAGCAAUUUAAAAU